AUGCUGAGGAGGAGCAAGCCGCCCUCUACCAGGAGGACCGAGAUCCAGCACAUCUACCAAUGCUACACCUCCGACGAGAUGACCAUGCCUGCCUGCGCCCUCCUCAGAUUCCUCCACAAGGAGCAGAUGGAGCUCACAGCCAACCAGGAGACGGUGGAGGGGUUGAUUGACAGAUACGAGAUCGAGGAGACCGCCAGAGCGAGCAGGACCAUGACGUUUGAGGGAUUCCUCAGAUACAUGGAGUCCAUGGACUGCUGUGUUUUCGACCAGUCCCACACCACCGUGUAUCAGGACAUGGACCUGCCUCUCCACAACUACUUUAUCUCCUCCUCACACAACACCUACCUGACUGGUGACCAGCUGGUCGGCAAGAGCCACCUGGAUGCCUACGUAUGUGCUCUGAGGAAAGGUUGCCGCUGUCUGGAGAUUGACUGCUGGGAUGGUGCGGAUGUGGAGCCCGUGGUCUACCACGGCCACACCCUGACCACCAAGAUCCUCUUCAAGGAUGUCAUCACCACCGUGGAGCAGCAUGCCUUCCAGGUGUCUCCCUACCCAGUGGUCUUGUCAUUGGAGAACCACUGCUCCCAGGGACAGCAAGUGGUCAUGGCCCAGUACCUCGUCUCCAUCCUGGGGGAUAAACUGCUGAGAACCCCCCUGGAUGUCCCUACCUCUGGAAAGCUACCCAGCCCCAAUGACCUGAAGUAUAAGAUCCUCAUCAAGAACAAAAAGCUGAAGCCUCGGAGUGAGACGGAGGACAUAGUAGCAGGGAGAGAGGGAGAGGGGGUGGUGAGUGAGGAGGAAGAGGAGGAUGAGGAAGAGGAGGGAGAGGAUGAGGAAGUGGAUCAGGAGCGGCUUCAGAGCAGAUUAAAGUUCUGGUCACCCAGAAAGAAGGAACAGAAGAAGGCGGUGGUGGCUGAAGCCUUGUCUGACCUGGUCGUUUACACCGGCUCUGUGAAGUUCACCAGCUUCAGACACUCCGAGGACAACCAGAACUUCUGCGAAAACACCUCCAUUGGCGAGAACAAGGCACGCAAGCUGGCCAGAACCUCAGGCCCAGAGUUUGUUGAGCACAACCAGAAGUUUCUCACCAGGAUUUACCCAGCAGGCUCCAGGACCUCCUCCUCCAACUACAACCCCCAGGAGUUCUGGAACGUCGGCUCCCAGCUGGUGGCGCUCAACUUCCAGUCUCUGGGCUUACCCAUGGACCUUAACAACGGGCGUUUCCAGGACAAUGGUCGCUGUGGAUACGUCCUGAAGCCGGAGAUGUUGAGAUCCAGUCAGAGCAGCUUUGAUCCCAGCUGCUGUGAGCCGAGCCCCGGGCCGGCGCAGCUGCUGCUCAAGGUGAUCAGUGGAUCCACCCUGCCCGUCCCGAGGAGUGGCAAGGCCCUGGACCCGUUCGUCAGAGUGGAGAUCCAUGGGGUUGCGUCAGACACCCGCAGAAGAAGCACAGCCACUGUGAAAAAUAACUCUCUGAGUCCUCACUGGGAUGCUGCUAUGAACUUCACCAUAAGAGUCCCUGAGCUCUGCCUCAUCCGCUUCACUGUUCGAGACCAGACGGGCCUCCUCAGCAGCGAGUUUGUGGGUCAGUACACCCUGCCCUUCAGCAGCAUGAAGAGAGGCUACCGCUGGAUUCCCCUUCUGUCUCGUGAGGGAUGCAGCCUGGAUCCAGCCUCCCUCUUCAUCUUUGUGUGGUACUCCUAA